AUGUGGUUUCCGACACCCUCUACCGAGAGCCUCACGAGGCCACGGGUGGCUGUCGCUGUCGUUUCAGUUGUGGCAGCCAUCUCAGCAGGCUACUAUGCAUACCGUAGCAGCUUGCCGCACCUCGUCCUCGAGCUGCCUCCUGGCACAUUGCAUAGAAGCAACGCCGUGCGUGGGCACCAUCGCCGCUCCCGGCCGUCAGGAACCGCCAGCAGCUCGUCCUCAGAUGUCGCCGGCGAUGAAAACGCGGAAAAUGCCGAGGUGCCGCCACCGCCACCCCCGGCGGAAGGCGAGCAAGGAGGCGUCGAGGAAAACAACGACGAUGAAUGGUGGAACGACCCGAAUCAGCUACCACCUCAGAGAGCGGGCCAUAACAUCGUCACAUUGCUGUUCAGGGUAUCGGAGGACAAUGCCCGGCGCAAUGGAUACGUUCAUAGAGGAUGCCAAUGCAAUGCCUGUGGCAUGGUCCCCAUUCGUGGCAUCCGCUACCGCUGCGCAAACUGUGCCGAUUUUGACCUUUGCGAAACCUGUGAAUCGCAAGGCAGCCACAUCAAGACGCACAUUUUCUACAAGAUUCGAAUUCCGGUCCCGCCGUUUGGCCACAGACAGAUGCAGCCAGUCUGGUACACCGGUGACCCAGAGUCUUGUCGUCGUGCAGUGCCUAGAGGAAUCAUGGCGAGGCUAUCCAAGGAGACUGGGUUCGAGCGGCCAGAGCUGGAGGCUUUCUGGGAGCAAUGGACCUAUAUGGCGAACACGGAAUGGCGGGAUGACCCUGAUCAAUUUUGCAUCGCCAUGGAUCGCAAGACGUUUGAACGGUGUCUCGUACCGACAGGCGCAUCUGCAUAUGCAGAACCCAAUCUGAUACACGACCGCAUGUUCGCAUUCUACGAUUCAAACAACGACAACCUCAUCGGGUUUUCAGAAUUUUUGCACGGGCUGUCCUACCGACGCAGGAAAGACAAACUGCAGACUGUGUUUGACGGCUACGAUAUUGACAACGAUGGAUAUGUCGACCGCAAAGACUUCUUGCGCAUGUUCAAAGCAUAUUAUGUCUUGUACAAGCAAAUGCAUAAAGAUAUCUUGGACGGCCUCGAAAACCAAUUGUUGUCGACCACAGAGGCAAAGCAACUGGUUCAAGGCCGACAGCCGCUCAGCAGCCACUUUGGACGCGAUGAAAGAGUGCCGCAAGCUGAUUCCAACCUGCGAUUUGAAGGCAAAACGUACCAUCCCGACGGUCAUGUUGAUGUGGAAAGAGACAAGACAGACGCGUUUGUUGAAAACGAAACUGAUACUGCUCCACGAAGGGAUAUCCUGACAAGCCUUUUUGCAUGUGAGACGGACAGGAGGGCAAGACGUCGACUGGUAAUUGGACAUGAUGGAGAUGGCAACUGGCGGACGGCUCGGAGAGCCAGUGGCGGUGAUACCGACAGCACUUACUGGCUUACUAUGCUUGAUCCGCCGAACAACUUGGAACAGCUCACAGAUGUUUUGCGCAGCAUUAGCAAUGGUACUGAAGGAGACAUUGCACUGCGAGACUCUGCUGACGAGGAUGAAGGUAAUGAAGCGGACGACCAAGGGCGCGACUCGAACGAAUCGGAAACCCGGGCACCGACAGAAAGCGAAGCCCGCGCCAUAGCCAUCGAGCGUAGCCGAAGACAAGCUCCUAGGCUCGAAAAGAAGCGGCGUGACAUGGCCCGGCGUAAAGUUCAUGAUCGAUGGAGACGUCGACAGUUUUAUCUUGAUGAGGAAGAAGGCUGCAUGGCUCCGGAUGACUGGAGUGACGGUGAGGAUAUUCUUGUGCAAGCGGCGCAAGCAGAAAUGGAGGAGAAGUUGCGCCGAGAGAGUCGACGAAAAGGUGCCCCAGUAUCUGCUCUGCUCGAGCCAGGGCCUGACGACUUUCCGUUCAACACCCGGCGCGAUGAAACCUCGCAUGCUUCUCUGUCUGCGGAGAACGACGCCGGGAAGGAAAUCCUAUACCAAGUGACGCAACAGGCAUUCAACGAGCUCCUGGAUGUCAUUUUCAAGCCCGCAGAGGAUCUUGCUGUACAGGCUGCUGAAACUAGGCCUCAACGCGCACUGUACAUGAACGAGAUCAACGAGGUGGACCCGUCUGAGCCUGACACAGAGGUAGAUAGCGAAGAUGGCGCAGAGAAGACGGAGGGUGACAAAACCUCUGGUGACAAGUCGGUCGAUGAGAAGAGCCCGGUGGAAUCACGAGUCGAGGGCGGAUACUUUGCUCAGCCGUCAGAGCCUCGUAACGCGGUCGAGCUCGAGUCGGGAACCAGCUUCGCGGAGACGCUCGAAGCAGCGCGGACGGUUGAGGCAGAAACCGAGUACCGCGAUCCUACGCUGCCUCAAAAUCGACCAAACAGCGAAACUUGGACGGAAGACCCGCCAGCCGAAGCUCCGCCACCAGAAGCUCCCGAGCCAUUACCAUGGCACCGCCCCUCGGUGAAGACACUCAGAUACUGGCAACGGUUGGAACUGGCGGAGCUUCAGGCUAAAGAUCGAGGCGGUUGGGGGAAGCUGAACUUUGCCGAGUUUGAAGAAAUCUACAAGUCCCAAGAGAUGCAAGGGAACAGACUGGACUAUCUGGGCAGCUGGAUUGACUUUUGCAUCCCAUAG